UUACGAUUAAAGGGAAACAACUCUAUCAGAAAGACAACAAACCGGAAGUUACAAACACAUGGCGGGAAUCUUAGUUUCACUUUGACAUUUGUAAACACCGGUCUGUAACUGUACAUUCUUAGCAGAAUGUCGGAGCUUGAUGAGUUCGGCGAUGGCAGUGAUGAGGAAGGAGAGGCGAUGACCGCAGCUGAAGUUUUACAGAAACUUGAAGAGGCUUGGCGGAAUGAGAAGUUUUCGCCAGAUUUACUAGAUGCUAAGAUGGACCUGGUGGAGUGUAUGUUGGAACAGCUUGUAGAAAUGGAGGAAAACAUCAGACGAGCAAAGCGGACAGAUAUGCGUGUCAGCAUCCACAGAAUGGAGAUUGAUAGAAUUCGUUACAUAAUCAGCAGCUACCUUAGAUGUCGACUACAAAAGGUUGAGCGAUAUACUGUACAUAUAUUAGACCAAGAAAGACAGAGAAGGGAAGAGGAUGCGUGUAGAAUGUCGCCUGAAGAAUUCACAUUUGCUAAAGAUUAUGCUGAAACACUGGACAGUCACUUCCGGUCACUGGCCCUCAGACAUAUGCCCCCUAACCUCCAAACACUGGACACCAAACUGACAGCUACACGACCAAACAUGGACAAGUAUGUGUUCCUACAGGUUAACGACGACACUGAAGGUGUACUGGUGGAGGAAGAAACCUUAGAAACGGGAGAGGAGAUUGUGGACCUACAGAAGGGGGAUCAACACAUCAUGCGGUAUAAACCCAUGGCACCACUGGUAUCGUCUGGAGCAGUAACAUUGAUCUGAUACUGGUAUCGUUUUGAGCAGUAACAUUGAUCUGAUACUGGUAUGGUCUGGAGCUGUAACAUUGAUCUGAUACUGGUUUUGUCUGGAGCUGUAACAUUGAUCUGAUACUGGUAUCAUCUGGAGCUGUAACAUUGAUCUGAUACUGGUAUCAUCUGGAGCUGUAACAUUGAUCUGAUACUGGUUUCAACUGGAGCAGUAACAUUUAUCUGAUACUGGUAUUGUCUGGAGCUGUAACAUUGAUCUGAUACUGGUAUGGUCUGGAGCUGUAACAUUGAUCUGAUACUGGUAUCAUCUGGAGCUGUAACAUUGAUCUGAUACUGGUAUCAUCUGGAGCUGUAACAUUGAUCUGAUACUGGUUUCAACUGGAGCAGUAACAUUUAUCUGAUACUGGUAUCGUCUGGAGCUGUAACAUUGAUCUGAUACUGGUAUGGUCUGGAGCUGUAACAUUGAUCUGAUACUGGUAUGGUCUGGAGCUGUAACAUUGAUCUGAUACUGGUAUCAUCUGGAGCUGUAACAUUGAUCUGAUACUGGUAUCAUCUGGAGCUGUAACAUUGAUCUGAUACUGGUUUCAACUGGAGCAGUAACAUUUAUCUGAUACUGGUAUCGUCUGGAGCUGUAACAUUGAUCUGAUACUGGUAUGGUCUGGAGCUGUAACAUUGAUCUGAUACUGGUAUGGUCUGGAGCUGUAACAUUGAUCUGAUACUGGUAACAACUGGAGCUGUAACAUUGAUCUGAUACCGUAUCGUCUAUAGC